AUGGCGCCCAAGGCUCAGAAGAAGCCCGCGGAGAAGAAGCCGGCGGAGGAGAAGGCCGACAAGGCGGAGAAGACGCCCGCGGGGAAGAAGCCAAAGUCAGAGAAGCACCUCCCCGCCUCCAAGUCCGCCGGCAAGGAGGCCGGUGAGAAGAAGGGGAAGAAGAAGGCCAAAAAGAGCGUGGAGACCUACAAAAUCUACAUCUUCAAGGUGCUCAAGCAGGUGCACCCGAACAUCGGCAUCUCCUCCAAGGCCAUGUUCAUCAUGAACUCCUUCAUCAACAACAUCUUCGAGAAGCUGGCGCAGGAGGCCGCCCGCCUCGCCCACUACAACAAGAAGCCCACCAUCACCUCCCGCAAGAUCCAGACCUCCGUGCGCCUCGUCCUCCCCGGCAAGCUCGCCAAGCACGCCAUCUCUGAGGGCACCAAGGCCGUCACGAAGUUCGCCAGCAACUGA